AUUUUUACUAAAUAUAAAGCCGCCGUAUCUUCUUCACUUGGGAAAGAAAACCCUAAACUCUCAAGCAGCCGCAGCUAGAAAAGGGUUAUUGAAGUAAGAAAUUUAGCAAUGUCUCCAGCUAAAGUUGACAGCAAGAAAAAGGCCGAUCCGAAGGCUCAAGCAGUGAAGGCUGCUAAGGCUGUGAAAUCGGGUGUGACAUUUAAGAAGAAGUCCAAGAAGAUCAGGACAAAAGUUACCUUUCAUCGGCCAAGGACUUUGAAGAAGGACCGUAACCCUAAGUAUCCUCGCAUCAGUGCACCACCAAGAAAUAAGUUGGAUCAAUAUCAAAUUCUCAAGUAUCCUUUAACUACUGAGUCUGCAAUGAAGAAAAUCGAGGACAACAACACCUUGGUUUUCAUUGUUGACAUCCGUGCUGACAAGAAGAAGAUUAAAGAUGCUGUGAAGAAGAUGUACGACAUUCAGACAAAGAAAGUGAAUACGUUGAUCAGGCCUGAUGGAACCAAGAAGGCGUAUGUUAGGUUGACUCCGGAUUAUGAUGCUUUGGAUGUGGCAAACAAGAUUGGAAUUAUCUAAGCAGAUCAACCAAUGUCUUCCUUGAUUUCAACAGUUUUGUUAGAACGAUUGACUAUGUUAGGACUCUUUAUUUUCGUGUCUGCAUUAUAUGUGUAAGGAACUAUGUUUUUACUACUAAAAAUCUGCAUGGGAUUUGGUUUAGGAUUUUACACACGAUGUCCUGAAUGAAUGGAUUUUACUUUUUCGUUUUAA